AUGUUGUUUCACUCAUAUUUGAGUAAUUUUAAUAAAUUGUCGCCUACAAUCGUGCUCGCCAGUCAAUCACCGAAUCGUUUGGCGAUCCUGAAAAUGAUUGGUUUUCGCCCACUCGUUCACGUGUCGAAUUUCGAGGAAAAUCUGCCAAAAGAUUUGCCCGUUAGGGAAUACGUCGAAUUGACCGCACAAGGGAAAAUGGAUGAAAUCUUGGAGGACUUCAAAAAAGCCAAUCGGCACUUCGACGUGCUAAUUGCUGCUGACACAAUGGUUUGUUCGGGUGAAAAAAUCUACGGAAAACCGAUCGACGAAAAUGAUGCCGUUGAGACGUUGAAAUUACUCCGUGGCAAAGCGCAUACAAUCUACAGCGGUGUCGUGAUUGCUUAUCAAAAUGGUCCACAACAACGCUUCUCAACGGAAACAAAAGUUUGGAUGGGAAACUACAGUGAUCAGGCGAUUCUCGACUAUGUGGCAACAAAAGAACCGAUGAACAAAGCCGGAUCUUAUGGAAUCCAGAAUCGAGCCGGUGCAUUGAUCGAGAAAAUCGAGGGUUGCCAUUUCAAUGUCGCUGGCUUACCCAUUGGUGAUUUGGCUUUACAUUUAGCCAAAAGAGGAUUUAGACCGUUUGGCCUUGAUGACGUGAUCACUCCGAGCAGUGAAAUCUCGAAUCCGUCAAGCCGGGCCGGCAAGAUCAUUCUCGCUGAUCAAUCGGCUGAUCGUUUAACGUUAUUGAGGAAAAUUGGAAUCGAACCGGUGAUAAAAACGCCAAUUUUCAUCGAAAAUAUUUCAAAAGAAGAAGAACCGAAAAAAUUCGUUCAAAAAAUGGCACAAGAAAAGAUGAAAAGUGUCGAAAAACAAAUGAAAGAAGAAAAGGAAGAAUUUGAUGUGAUAAUUGCCGCCGAAACAACUCUUCUUGUUGACGGAAAAAUCGUCGAAAAGCCAAAAGACAAGUCGGAUGCAAUCGAGACAUUGAAAAAACUUCGCGAUGGAUCACAUAGUUGCUUGACGGGAGUGUCAAUGAAAUUCAACGAUGGAACAAAUGAGACAUUCACCGUCGAGACAAAGAUUCAUUUUACGCAACUCUCCAACGAGAUCAUUGAAGCCUACGUGAAUGCAGAGGAUGUGAUGGAUCGUGCAGGCUCGUACGCGAUGCAAACACGAGGAGCUAUUUUCGUGCAAAGUGUUGAUGGAUGCUACAGUAAUGCGAUCGGAUUGCCGGUUUAUGAGAUCGCUCACCGCCUCCACUUGCGUGGGCAUCGACUCUGGGAUUUC